AUGUGUCUAUUGGAUACUCUCAACAGAUUUAUACUUAAUUCUAUCAAUAGACCAAGUAUUCAGUCAUUACCAAUGGCUGAAAUAAACUCAAUCUUUGCAGCAGCUGUUCGAGUUAUUUCUCAAGCUCUUAUGAUUUUCGGUGGUGUUGUGCCAUACAUUCCUCAAUAUUUAAUAAUAAAAAGUUCUCAAAAUGCUGAAGGCUUUUCGAAUUAUGUAUGUCUUACAUUGCUUAUUGCUAAUAUUUUACGUGUUGAAUUUUGGUUUGGUAAACAUUUUGAAACUCCACUACUUGUUCAAUCUAUCAUAAUGAUUUUAUGUAUGCUUGUAAUGCUUGAACUAUGUGUACGUGUUUACUCAAAAUCUUUAUGCCAUCAUUUACCUUUGAAUCAACAAAAUAUAUCGAGUACAAAAGAUCUGACCUUAGAUAUUCACGAGAAAAAAUUUACUGAUUUUCAAAUGGAUUAUUUUUGGAAAUGGACAGCGUUUACAAGUUAUCUUCAAUUUUUAUUUGCAUUUUCUUCGGUUUUAAGUGUAAUAACGUGGCUCUUCCUUACGAAUACCCUCUAUAUAGAAACAAUCGGAUUUCUAGCUGUAUUUUUCGAAGCUUUAUUGGGUACACCACAAUUUAUGCGGAAUUUUCGACUGAAAUCAACAGAAGGCAUGAGUGUAACAAUGGUUCUCAUGUGGACAUCGGGUGAUAUAUUUAAAACAGUUUAUUUUAUUCUGAGGAUUGCACCGACACAAUUUUGGCUUUGUGGAAUGUUACAAAUUAGUAUUGAUAUUGCAAUACUUUUUCAAGUACUUUACUAUUCGGACAAAUAUCGAUUUCGUAAACGUUAA